GAAAGCCACGGUCACCCCAACUGCUCGGAGGCAGGCGGACCACAGAAGACAGAACCUGCCAGGGGCUUCUUCCAUCCACUUCGAACCCACUCUCUGAUACACAGCAGAAGCCCGACGGGUACCCACAAUGCACUCUACACUUCCAGUGAAGUGGAAACGUGUCGCCACCUCUACCCAUGGGAAACUUUUUGUGCUCCUGCAAGCUGAGCAGACAUCUGAGAUUUUGGUUGGACUUUUCCGCUGAUCUCGAAGGAGGAUCAAGAUGAUGAUUGAGCAGCCAAACCUGGAGGAUGUUAGUGACUGCGUGGAGAAACUGAGCUCUGAGGAGAUGGAGUGUAAGAUCUGCUACUCUGCGUACAACCUGGGGAGCUGCAGGCCAAAGGUGCUCGAGUGCUGCCACCGUUUGUGUUCAAGGUGCCUCGUUAAGAUCCUGGACCUGCGUGAGUCACCUUCCAACGUCUUGGUGUGUCCAUUCUGUCGGUACGUCACCAAACUGCCCCGAGAGGCUGUGAUCAAUCUGCCGGAUGAYAGUAAUCUGAUGGCAUCGCUGGCCUUUCAGAACCAGAGGAACCUGCGCUUCCGUCAGGACUCUACAGCCGAGCUGCUCCUCAACCCCAGACACCUGAGCUCACUGACAGGUGGCAACACGUCCCCCAUGUACACCUCCUCCUCCACCCCGUACUCCACCAUCCGGAGCUCCCCCAACUUUGUAGUCAUCACUAUCGUGGAGCCUCCGCCUGCAUCAGCAACCACCCAGGAUCUCCAGGCGUCGAACCAGARCUCCUCCAGUCUGGACUCGUUGGCCUCCAUCUCCCAGAGGUGGACGGUGUGGAACUGUGUGGCCCUGCUGUGCCACACCUCGGCCCGGGCUCUGGUGUGGGUGCUGGGGCUCCUGUACUUCAGCUCGCUGCCGAUGGGGGUCUACCUGCUCAUCAUGAAGAGGACCACAGCCGGGGUGCUGCUGGUGAGCGUGGUGCCAGCCAGCCUCGUCCUGAUCAUGCUUUUUGGGUUCUGCCAGUGUAUUUGUUAUGAGUUCUGGCAYCGCGUGCCGUCGUAAUGAGAAAUGGACAGCUUGCUUUGAAAAGAUCUCAAGAGUUUACUAACAGGAAAUGUUUCUGUGCAACAAACCAUGUGGAGGAACAGAAAACAGCUCGUUUUUAGUGGUGAAAAAAGCAAAAACUUUAUAAAUUCUGCUCAGAAUUUGAGGCUUGUUGUUGUUAUUCAUGUUUUUGUUUUACAACCAGCUUUUUACCUGAUGCAGAAAUGUAAAAGAUGCCAUUUUCAACACAUUUGAGUUURUCUAACAGUUAUGACUGCAUCAAAAACCUAAAGAAAUAAAGUUUCAGAGCUCUGCACAAGCUGCAGGAUUCUGUCAAAUCUGGGGCACAAAUAUGUUUUCCAUCAGUGACAGAAUCAAACGAAAAUAUCACAAACAUAAAAACACAUCUAAUAAUGAAGGAAAACAGUUCAUGUAUAUGAAUCUGAAGAUGUUGUGAGAUCUGUUUUUUUUAAUUUUUUUUUUUUAUUGUUGGCCUCUGCAUGAGAAAAAACACUGACAAAGCUUUACAACAUUUACUGGUUUGUUUUAAAGAACAUCACUGAAAUAAACACAUUGUUUAAAUAAAAAAUUAGAAUAAA